AUUAAAAGGCCUAGUGACAUACGUGAAAACGCAACCCGUCAUAAGAAAAUAAACAAAGUGCUUUUAUAUCGCAAACCAGGCAAAUUAGUGCUGGAAAUUAAUAAAAGUUUAAAAUAGUUUAUAAAGUACUUAGCAUUUUCCACCUAUUUGUGCGGAAAUUCUAUCAUUAAAAGAUGGAUUUCAUAGAACAGUUCAAAAACACAACACUUAGUUUUCCGAAAUUACCUGUACACUACAUCGAAACCAUCCGUUCUGAGCAUGGCCAAGCGAUCCCAGAUCAUUUGCAAUGCAACUCCAAGCAGCCAUUCAGUACGGGACCUGUUUAUAAAACUGGAAUUCUUAGCUACAAGGUAUUGGCUGAGGGCGAAGGAGUCAAAACUGUCUAUGAAGUGUCGAUAAAAGAGCCUCCGAACAUGCCCGACUACCUUCCGGGAGAUGUAAUUGGCAUCCUCACUCAGAAUCUUGCUUCGGAUGUUAAUUUCGUUCUCGAUCGAAUGCAUCUGAUGGAAAUAGCGGAGUGUGUCUACGAAGUUAAACUUGCUAAGCCGGUGAAGAAGAAAAAUCCCGAGCUUCCGCCAUACAUUCCAAAAUUCAUCACCCCACGACGACUUCUGACGGAAUGCUUGGAUUUUAGAAUUAUUCCCCGAAAAAUUACAUUACAAGUGUUAGCCAGCUAUACAUCGGAUCCAUGCGAGAAGCGACUUUUAGAAAUUUUAGCAUCCAAAGAAGGUGCUUCGUUUUACAAUGAAUUCGUUCUAAAGAACGAAAUGAAUUUUCUGCAUCUGCUGAAAAUUCUAUCUUCAUGCCAUCCAUCGCUUGCCAUGCUAAUCGAGCAUUUCCCGCGUCUACAAGCAAGACCGUACUCAAUUGCCAAUUAUGAUCGAGGCAGUCACAUCCGCAUUGUUUUUGCUAUGCUGAACGACGGCAGGAAUGGCAUAACAACUACCAUGCUGGAAAACAAACUGCUGUAUGCUGCUAGAUAUGAUAAGUAUGUCUACAUGUAUCUAAGGCAGGUGAAACCCUCAUUCCAAUACCGUGAGGAAGAUCUGGAAAAGAAUAUCAUAAUGAUAGGACCGGGAACUGGAAUAUCGCCAUAUAUAGGUUUCCUUGAAUUCCGGAAGCGCGCCAAACAGUUCAACAAGAAGGCAAAGCUUGGCACAGCCCUCUUACUCACGAGUUGUCGCCACCGUGAUCGCAACUACUUGAUGCAAGAUGAAAUUCAGCAAUAUCUUCAGCUGGGACUGCUCGAUCAAGUGUAUGAGGCGUUUUCCCGUGACGCCGACAGUAGGUACAAAUUUGUGCAGGACAUUAUCGAGGACAAAAAGGAAGAAUUCAUCGAGCUUUUGCUCGACGACAACACCAAGCUCUAUCUGUGUGGGGAGGGAAGAACCAUGCUGCCGAGAGUGCAGGACACAAUCUCAACGUGUUUGAGCAAAAUCAAAGGAAUACCCAAGGUAGAGUCCGAUGCAAUGAUGGGUGAGUACAAGAAGACGGGUAAAUAUUUGUACUAUUCGAUGAUCCGUUACUAGUAAGUACGUAAUAAAGACUGUCCUAGAAA